AUGCUGCCACCCGAGCUCGUCCAGCGUGUUGCUGUCUGCAUCGAAAGCGGCGAUGACUUUGUUACGUUUCUUGAUGCGAUGACCAACACGCGACUGACGCUACCACUGCUGCUCCUCCAGACGCUCGCCAUGUCGCGGUCGGCGGACGAGGUCUGGCCCGCACCCAACCUCGAGGCCCUGCCCUGUCCACAGCUUGUGCCGCUCUCCAUAACGAUCGAAGGCGCGUGCUCGGCGGCGCGGAUGACGAUUCUGCCGAGUCUUUGCGCGGUGAUUGCGCACACACCGUCGCUUCGCACCCUCGACAUCGUCUUUGCCCGGACAAGCGAACUGUACCGGCCGUCCAUCACGCAGCUCGUCGCGGCGAUUGCGGCGUCGCACAUUGUGUCGUUGUCGCUCCUCGCCCACGAUUUCUUUAAACUGCCAAGUGACAGCGCGCAUGUCCUCGGGCAGUAUUUGUUUCGGUCGCCCAUGACGCACGUUCGCUUGAGCAAGAUCUCGUUUGAUGCCAACGGCUUGCUCUCGUGGCUUGUCCAGCAUCUCUUGAUGUCGCCAACCCUCGUCGAAUUGGCCGUCCUCGACUCGCCUGUCGUCGCGUCGGUCGUGCCGCCAAGAAGCUUUGGCCGCCAUCUCCAAUGCAUUAGUUUGUCGGCCGUGUCUCUCUCCGAGACGACUCGUCUUACGCAGCGGCUUGCGGACCACACGCAUCUGACGUCAUUGUCGCUCCAUUUUGACGCAAGCGCCGAGUUGCAGCCAACUGACCCGCCAAAUGGUCAUGUCGUCGACAACUUGAUCUGCAACGUACUGCCCCAUCUGCACCGCCUUGUCGAGUUGUCACUGCGUCAUUGCGUCGUGUCACCGGCUGCGAUGCAUGCGCUCGGUCGAAACGUUCUACCUCGCCUCAACGUCCUGGAGCUUGCUGCCAACAGCUUGUACGAUCGCGGGUGUUUGACGCUGGCGUGCUACCUCCCGACAGCGCAUCAUCUCGUCAAACUCGCGCUGAUCAAUCGAGGCUGCAUGGAUGCGGGCGUCCCACCGCUGGUCAUUGCUCUGGAGCGCCUGCCUUCUCUUACGACCCUCGACUUGUCGGAAUUGGCCCAUACGGCGCGAAGAGGCUAGCACGUAUUGCGCCAC